AUCAGAAGACGCGUUUUGGAGGAGUUCUGUUCAAAAUUUGCAUUUGUCUUGAGCUACGACAAUCAGCCAAGCAGCGUAGAGCUACAAUAUCUUGUAUUGAAGUGCAGCCGUUUGCAAAACAUUAAACAAUCAAGAUGUCAUUCUUUUCAAUGCAGUAAUGUUUAGAUUAAAAUUUUAGGUAGCGGCUGUGUUUUGGCUUUUGCAGCAGUGUUUUGGAAAACGACGUAGGCUGCUUGUCGAAGUCACUGACUUGGAGUUUACUUGAAGCUGCCUGGAUCUACGAUCUACUAGUUGGUCAAAAUGCAAGGAGGGCCAAGUAACCCGGCUAUCCGUCUCAGUCGUCGUGGUGGUAGCCCUUUCUUCAAUGAAUCUUCCAGUACCUCUACUAUCAAUACUAUAAACAGUACGUUGAGUGCAUCGACAGAGCAGAUUCAUAAUCACAGCCGUGCACAUGGACCACCCCUGUCCCCACCCCCACAGUCAAGGCAUGAGAGAGAACGACGAACUACAGCGCUCAACAUGGAGUGGCUCAAGAGCUCCGUCAAGCUUCUAGAAAGCGCUUUGCGUGAACGAAACAAGCAGAUGGAUAUCCAGAGAAAAGAAAUCGAGUUUCUCAGAAAGGAACUGAGAAAAAAAGAUGACGUCAUUCGAGAGUACGAGAACAUUAUCAAAGAACGAGAAGAUAUGGAAAAGAAAGAGCUUGAGAUACUUCACAAGGAGAUAAGGACCUUGAGAAUGGAUGUUAUGUCCAAGGCAAUGACGAUACGGGAACAGGAUAAUACCAUCGUUGAGUUAGAAAACAAGACAGAAAAAUUGAUGUCAGUCAUGCCCCUACCCUCCUACCCACGGGCACGUGCACAAGGCGUUUCGGCUGAGCCGGCAAAACGAGUUCAGAAUUCAACACCACAACCGGUUAUAGUUGAAAAGGAAGAAAGAUCUAAAGACCUCAUAAAAGAAGCGAUCCUUGAUAAUGAUUUUCUUAAAAAUCUUGAGGGCUCACAGAUUCGAGAAGUGGUUGAGUGUAUGUAUGAAAAGCAGUUUAAAAGAGAUGAAUACAUUAUCAAAGAAGGUGACCCUGGAUCACACUUAUACGUUCUUGAAGAGGGAAAAUGCCAAGUUACAAAAGAAGGCGCUGUGUUGGGCCACAUGGGAGCAGGCAAGGCUUUUGGAGAACUGGCUAUAUUGUACAACUGUACAAGAACAGCAAGCGUAAGAGCUCAGACAUCAGUCAAAUUAUGGGCCAUAGACAGACAGACUUUCCAGACCAUCAUGAUGAAGACAGGUCUGAUGAGACAAGCUGAACACAUGGACUUCUUAAAAAGUGUUCAGUUGCUGAAGGACCUUCCAGAGGCAUACAUGCUCAAGAUAGCUGAUGUUAUUGAAGAAGCAUUUUACGAGGAAGGUGAAUUCAUCAUUAGACAAGGCGCUAGAGGAGAUACAUUCUUUAUUAUUAAACGAGGCAAGGUGGAUGUUACCCAGAGAACAUCAGUGCAUUCAGACCCUGUCUUUGUUAGAUCACUAGGCAAAGGAAAUUACUUUGGUGAAAAGGCAUUGAAAGGGGAGGAUCUGAGAACAGCAAACUGCAUUGCAGGUCAAGGUGGUGUUACCUGUCUUGUUCUAGAUAGAGAAGCUUUUAUUCAGUUUAUUGGUAGUUUAGACGAAAUUCAAAAGGACAAGUACAAUGAUAGUCAACGAGGUGUUGAUCCACAAACAGCCAGUCGAUUAAGAGAAAAAGAAGAAGAAUUUGCCAAUGUGCGAUUAGAAGACCUAAGCUUGGUUAAGACUCUUGGUGUUGGUGGUUUUGGACGAGUAGAGCUGGUACAACUUGCUGGUGACAAGCGAACCUUUGCUCUUAAGAUGUUAAAGAAGCAUCAUAUAGUAGAGACAAGACAACAGGACCACAUCAUGUCAGAAAAGAAGAUCAUGAUGGAGUCCAAUAGUGCCUUCAUAGUUAGGUUAUACAAGACUUUCAAAGAUAAGAAGUACUUGCACAUGUUAUUAGAAGCAUGUCUUGGUGGUGAACUGUGGACCAUCCUACGAGACAAAGGUUCAUUUGAUGAUGGCACCACUAGGUUUUACGUAGGCUGCGUUAUUGAAGCUUUCCAGUAUCUACAUGCUAAGGGGAUUGUCUACAGAGAUCUCAAGCCAGAGAACCUUCUUCUAGAUAGCAAUGGUUAUUGUAAAUUGGUUGACUUCGGAUUUGCUAAGAAAAUUGGUUUUGGACGCAAGACGUGGACGUUUUGUGGCACACCUGAAUAUGUAGCACCAGAGAUUAUCCUUAACAAGGGUCAUGACUUAUCGGCAGACUAUUGGUCUCUAGGUAUUUUAAUGUAUGAACUUCUUACAGGAAGUCCUCCUUUCACAGGAUCAGAUCCUAUGAAGACGUACAACAUCAUUUUGAAAGGCAUAGAUAUGAUUGAUUUCCCACGCAAGAUAACGCGCAAUGCCCAUGCACUUAUCAAGAAGCUCUGUCGUGAUAAUCCUGUCGAACGGCUUGGAUAUCAGAAGGGUGGAUUGAAGGACAUCAUGAAACACAAGUGGUUUGAUGGUUUCAACUGGGAAGGUCUAAGGCAAAGAAAGUUACAGCCCCCAAUUAUACCAAAGAUCAAAUCAGCCACAGAUGCAUCCAACUUUGAUGACUACCCUCCAGAUGACGACGUUCCCCCAGAUGAUGCCACUGGAUGGGAUAGGGAUUUUUAAUCUUGUCAUUUACUAAGGUGCAUGUACAGGGGAGGGAUGCAUAGAAGAGAAUACAACAAUAUCAAGACUUCAACUCCACAACAACAUGAGAAAUAUCCAAUCUACAUUGUGAAAGUGUGACAUUAAGAACAGUGAAAUAAGAUGUGACAUGGAUACAAUUGACCACACAGGAAGGUGUGACAUAGAGAAGCCGGGAAGGCGUGACACUGGGGAUACUUUUUAGGCAAGGAAGAGUAAUGUGCAUUAAGAACAGGAACACAGUUGUGAUAAUAAAUAUUGGACUUUAUUAU